UUAACAACGACGGGGUCCGUGUGAACCGGGAAGGGGAGGGGGCGAACGGAGGGGAGGUGGUGGCUGUGGUCAAACCCACCGCGACCUAAGCAGCACCAGGAGGGAGCAGAGGAGGAGGAGGAGAGCCGCCGCAGGAGCAGCAGCAGCAGCGUCGCAGCUUUCAGCCUGCAUGGGCUAGUCGGUUAGCUAGCUUAGCAUCGUCCGACUACCCCGGGUCGUUAUCUCCGUGUUCCUGUCUCCGUCCCCCUCCUGCCUCGCCUCACCCUCUCUCUCCCCAACAACACCCUCCCUUUGCAAGAUGAUGAAGUUUAGGUUUCGUCGGCAGGGCACCGACCCUCAGAGAGAGAAGAUAAAACAGGAGCUUUUCGCCUUCAACAAGACCGUGGAGCAUGGGUUCCCUCAUCAGCCCAGUGCUUUGGCCUUUGACCCCAAGCUGCAACUUAUGGCCAUCGGGACAAAAUCAGGAGCCAUCAAAGUCUACGGUGCCCCCGGUGUGGAGUUCACAGGACUACACAAAGACACCACCGCUGUCACACAAAUCCACUUCCUGCCUGGACAGGGCCGCCUGUUGUCGCUGCUAGAUGACAACACAAUUCACCUGUGGGAGCUGGUGGCUGGCGUGCCUAGAGAGGUGGGCGGGGUUAAGAGAGAGGGAGUGGUCUGUCUACAGGAAGUGAGCAGCUACACCCUUCCAGGAAGACCCGGCAUUGAGAGCUGCAGUGCCACCCGGGUAACUGUCCUCCUCUUGCUAAGGUCAUGUGACCUCCUCUGCAUUGGAACAGAGGGAGGAGGCGUGUACUUCCUGGAGUUGCCCCACCUUUCACUGAAGGACAGCCAGACGCUGCUCCAGGAUCAGGUCACACAGAGCCUGCCAGAUGAUUACAGAUGUGGGAAAUCUCUGGGGCCAGUUGAAUCUCUUCAGGAACAUCCACAGCAGCCAGGGAAGAUUCUGAUUGGCUACAGCCGGGGCCUGGUGGUCCUAUGGGAUCUGAGCACUCGUCAUGCUGAGCAACUCUUCCUGGGCAAACAGCAGCUGGAGAGUCUGGUGUGGGAACGAUCUGGAAACUUGUUUGUCAGUUCCCAUAAUGACGGGGGCUAUUCUGUGUGGGCUGUCACUAAUGGUGACACCUACAAUCACCAACCAGUCUCCUCCACCAUCCCAUAUGGUCCAUUUCCCUGUAAGGCCAUCAACAAGAUCCUGUGGAGGACAACACAGACAGGUUCUCCAAUGUUGUUGUACAGCGGUGGGAUGCCCAGAGCCAGCUAUGGUGACCGCCACUGUCUGACCAUCCAACAAGACAAAGACCACGUCACUCUGGACUUCACGUCCCGAGUCAUUGACUUCUUCACUGUCCACAGCAUAGAGCACGAGCAAGAGUUCGACGAACCAUCUGCCCUGGUAGUGUUACUGGAAGAGGAGCUGGUUGUGAUUGACCUCCAGACUCCCGGGUGGCCCUCUCUGCCCACUCCUUACCUGGCUCCUCUCCACUCCUCAGCGAUCACCUGCUCCUUCCACAUCUCCAGCGUCCCUCCUAAGCUCUGGGAGAGGCUGGUGAAUGCUGGCAAAGCGCAGCAGGGCCGACAACACGCACACGGGAGUUGGCCCAUAUGUGGAGGGAAAAACCUGGCACCUCCACCCAAACAACAAGAGCUGCUAUUGACGGGACAUGAAGAUGGCACCGUGCGCUUCUGGGACGCAUCAGGUGUUGCUCUUACUCCGCUGUACAAACUCGGCACGGCCAACGUCUUCCACACUGACUGUGACCCUAGCGACGAUCCUCAGGACCCUAACGACGACCCCGACAUGCAGCAGGAGGAGGAAUGGCCUCCUUUUAGGAAGGUGGGCUGUUUUGACCCGUACAGCGACGACCCAAGGCUGGGCAUCCAGAAGAUCAGUCUAUGCAAAUAUAGCAACAAGCUGGUGGUGGCUGGGACUGCUGGACAGGUAAUUGUUCUGGGUUUGAGCGACGAGCGUUCAGACCACUUGGUGGACGUGUCGGUGGUCGAUCUGCUGCAGGACAGAGAGGGUUUCACCUGGAAGGGCCAUGACAGGCUGGAGCCGCGCCUUAAACCUGCACCCUUCCCUCCUGGCUUUCAGCCGCUGGUCCUGGUGCAGUGCUUGCCCCCGGCCUCUGUCACCGCAGUGGCGCUGCAUGCUGAAUGGAACCUGAUCUCCUUCGGGACGAGUCAUGGAUUUGGCCUGUUUGACUACCACAGACGAAAUGCUGUGCUGGCCAGGUGUACCCUGCACCCUAAUGACUCCCUGGCGAUGGAGGGCCCCCUGUCAAGAGUCAAGUCCUUGAAAAAGUCCUUACGACAAAGUUUCAGGCGCAUCCGCAAGAGCAGAGUGUCGGGGAAGAAACGUACCAUCACCACACCCACCAGCAAGGUCCAGGAGGCCAACGCUGCCCUAGCUGAGCAGGAGGAUGUGGCUCCGGUACAGCGAAGGAUUGAACCUCGGUCAGCAGACGACUCGCUGUCUGGAGUGGUCCGAUGUCUCUGCUUCGCCGACACGUUCCUACGUGACGGUACACACCACGGCCCCACACUAUGGGCGGGCACCAACUCAGGCAGUGUCUAUGCCUAUGCUCUGGAGGUGCCUGGCGUGGGCUCGGGGCGCGUGUGCGAGCGUGGCGGAGCGGGCGAGGGCAGCGUGUGUGUGGAGGCGGUGUUGGGUAAAGAGAUCCAACUGAUGCACAGAGCCCCCGUGGUGUCGAUCUGUGUGUUGGACGGCCGAGGGAAGCCGCUACCGGACCCAUACGAAGCCUCCCAGGACCUCGCCAUCGCUCCGGAUAUGACCAAUGCUCACUCUGUCCUCAUUGCCUCAGAGGAACAGCUAAAGGUAUUCUCUCUCCCCAAAGUGAGCGCUAAGACCAAGUUCAAGCUGACGGCGCAUGAAGGCUGUCGAGUGAGGAAGGUGGCCCUGGUGGUCUUCAGCUCCACAGCCCAGGAGGACUACAGUGAACACACACUGGUCUGUCUGACCAACCUGGGCGACAUGCACCUCUUUAACAUACCUGGCCUUCGACCUCAGGUGCGCUACGACUGCAUCCGUAAAGAAGACAUCAGCGGCAUUGCAUCCUGCGUCUUCACCAAGAACGGACAAGGGUUUUACCUGAUCUCUCCGUCAGAGUACGAGAGGUUCUCCCUGUCUGCCAAAGUCCUCACUGAACCACUCUGCUCUGUUCAGCUGGACCGACCACUAGAGCCUACACCUGCCAGCGAUGGGACGACGACGCAGCCGCAGGCCAACGGAACCCACAAGAACCAGAUGGGUCAGGCUGAGGGGCAAACGGAAGAGCCUCCGAGCGCUCUGUCCUCUCCCAUCCUGGACACCCCGUUGGACUCCCCACUCAGCUGUGCUGACCUCACCCUUGACUCCACCGGAGAACUGACUGUGGAGGACGUCAGGGACUUUCUAACCACUGUGGACGAGGCAGAGAACAACCUAAAGAACAUUAAAGAGGAGGAGGGGCGCUCGACCGGCAUCCUCAUUAACUGAACAGUAUUACAGGGAGGGGCUCAAGUGGUCUGGAUGGAUUUCAGUGCUGGACCACAAACAUCUCCCACCAGCCCACUGUGGAGCCCCCAGCCAGCACUCUGCACUCUCCUGUUAACCUGGCACAAACUUGGAGGAAAGCCUUAAAAUGGACACAGAAUACAACAGUAAAGACUUGUUGUGGUUCCACCAACUGGAAGAACAAACGUCUUCUUCUAUAACCACUUUGGAAACAUGACGUUGCCUCCCACGUGGAGACAGAGACAGCCCUACCUAGCACAGCGUGGCGCCUGGAUGGACCUGAUCCUGAUUUCAAGAGCCGAUAACUGGAAUUUCCGUUGUCCAGUUCCGCGCUCUGUGCGAUCAUUCCUUAUUGGCUCUGUUGACUUGGAUGUUUACGGGGCGUUCUCCAGGCGUAAUGACUGACUCAGCCUUCGAGGAAAAGGGCUGUUACGUUCUGAAUAGGAGACCUACCCAUCACGUUUCUGUGUUUUUUUUUAUAUUUCUGUCCACGUUGUGUGGCGUGCUGGGAUUGGUCUGAGGUUUCCCCCACAGUUGGAACUGGAAUUGGCAGUCGCCAAAUAUGCUUGUUGAUUCCUCGUGCACACACAAGUGGAUGUGUCGAAUUGUUCUGCACGCUGUGUAACACCACCACAGCCCUGUGAAUGACCCGAGUUUAUGAACUGAGGAUGUCCACCAGAGACUGAGAGGAAGCAUUUUAGAGAGUAAGACUAGCAAAUGAAGUAUUUUGAAUAUUUGACUAUUGAAAGCUGUAGCAUUUGUAUUCUUCCACUAUUUAGGUGCCAUUAAGGGCGGUUGAACUGCCUCACACAGUGUCUACUCACACAGUGUCUACUGUGUGAGGUGGUGCAUAAAUCAACUGUCAAAUCAGUGAGCCAUUAUGUUAUUUACACAGAAGCACAUCACCAGGAGGGUUUCACAAAGCUCUCCGUCUACUCACUUGGUGUUGAAGGAAAAAAAAAAGUGCUGGGAUAAUGAAGGUGGUUUGUAUUGCAAAGAUCAAUGCUUUAUUGUUGUAUUAUGUUUUGUACGGCUUGUGGAGAAAGUAAAAAGAUAUUUUAAAGAUAAAUAAAAUGCAAGAGGAGAUGAUUCAAAGAGAACCAGCUGGUGAAGAGGGAAGCGAACGUGGUACUAUCUUUUUAGGACCAGAGCAGAUUUAGGAGAAAUAAUAUUUUUGACACUUUUCUUUUGAAAAAAACUUUAUUGCUAAAUGCACGGCCUAAGUUGAAAACACAUCUUUUAUCUGUUUAUUCUGAAAAGUGAAAGUACGAUAUGGAGGUCUAAUGGUACGACACACCUACAGUGAACCAGCCUCAGAGUGACCAGCGUUUGAGAAUAAAGAAAACAGGAUUGAUGAAAAGAAAAAUGUUCUCAGUUCCAAUUAAAUUCCUCCCUCUUCUGUUAAUGUCGCAUCAACCUCAUGCAGAAAUCUUUUUGACGGGACUCAGGGAAGUGUGGCAAGGGAAGCAAAGUCAGUCUGAAUGCUAAGUGUAACGUACUGUGUACUAUGAUGCACCCAGGAGAUGUCUUUCUUUGGGGUUUCUGUGAAUUGGUGCAUUCUGGGUAAUAUUGGCUAAAUGCAGAGCUUUGAUCACCAGUAUUUUUAACCCCCCUUUUUUAAAGAAGUUUUACUGUGUAAAAAAAUAAAUAAAUAUAUAUACAGUAUCUAUACAUAGGUUUACAGAAGACAGGUUAAUAACAGAAAGCCGAUGAUAGAGUGAAGUGUUAGCACCUGUUGUAGCCUAAAAGCCGCUCAGUAUUCAAGCUUUUUGAGCACCUCACGUAAAACAAAAUAAAAAGUAAAAAAGGGACCUCUGUUAACUAACGUAGCUCAACAGGUAGGAAUCAUGUUAAUGCUUUUUUUUUUUUACUUUUGUGUUAGCUUCUUUUGGUGCUCUGGUUGACACACAAAUAAUUAACCCUUUUGAUGCUACAGCUGGCACAAUUUACAUUUUUAAUUCCACAAUUAAGAUGAAUUUGUUUCUACUUUGUCAUUCAGUUUUGUGUGUAGGAUUUUAAUCGGGUUGUUUAGCAUUUUUUGGCUGAAGAAUUGUGAAUGUUAAUAAAAUUAUUUACUCUCUCUCUA